ACUGAUAGAACCCUCAUCGGUCGACAUCACCGCCUCUUCCGCUCCUCUCCUCUCCCAAUGGCCGACACCACCGCCACCUCUCCCGUCGCUAACACCGCCGCCGUCGAGGAGGUGGCGGUAGCCCAACCUCAGGAAACCAAACGGUCUUGGGGCGACGAAGCCGGAGCCGAACCGGACCACGCCGCGCCGACCUCCGACGACAAAUCUGUCUCGGCUCUCAACCUCGAGUCUCUAGCCAUAGACGAGACUAAGAAAAAAGCCAAUAAUUUCCUCGACGACCCCGAUGACUCCAACAUCAAAUCCGUACUCUCUCUCGCUCGAUGGAAAUUCAGUUGCUUAUUAGGGCUAUAGUUUCUGAUUUUGGAAGUGCUAAGUGGGCUGUGGAAGGCGUUUAAAAAGUGUAUCGAGAUAUGGAAAAUAGUGUUUUGAUAUUGGUAAAAGCGUAUUUGUUAUAUGUGGGAUGUGUAUUGAUAUUUGAACUUGUUCGGCAUUGUAUGCACGUUUGUAAAUCCGAAGUCAACGAGGGUACUACCGUGAAGAAAUUGAAACCUUAAGCUCGAGCUACAGGCCGUUGUUAAUGGGUAAUAAAUGGGUCCAUGAUGCACUGGCACUGGAAAUCAAGAUAUUAGGAUUGAACUUAUCAAUGAUUUGAGCGGAUAUAAGAUUUUUAGUUAAGAUUACUGAGUCGUUAGAAGUAAAUGAUUAAAUCAAAAAAAGAUGACUAUGAGAGUUCCUCAGAACCAGGAGUUUUUUGAAGGCUUCCCUCAAGAACAAAGCUCUUUGUGCUAGAUGGGAUGUUUCUGAAAGGAUUUUAAAAGCUGUAUAGCUAGGCGUAUAGGUAACAGUAGGGGAUACCAUGUACACCUCUGCGAAAACAUUUGAGGAGUUGAAUCUGUCGCCUGAUUUGUUGAAGGGUUUGUACGUGGAGAUGAAGUUUGAGAGGCCGAGUAAAAUUCAAGCACACAGUUUGCCCAUGAUUUUAUCACCUCCAUAUAAGCACUUAAUCGCUCAAGCGCAGAAUGGUUCUGGAAAGACCACUUGUUUCAUACUAGGCAUGUUGAGCCGUGUUGAUCCCAAACUUGGUGCUCCUCAGGCACUCUGUAUUUGCCCUACACGAGAAUUGGCUAUCCAGAACAUGGAAGUUCUUAAGAAGAUGGGGAAGUAUACAGGAAUUACUUCGGAAUGUGCAAUACCAAUGGAUAGCACCAAUUAUAUACCAGUAUCGCAGAGGGCACCAGUUUCAGCGCAAGUAGUGAUUGGCACUCCUGGUACCAUCAAUAAAUGGGUGACGGCUAAGAAAUUGAGCAUGAGUUAUUUGAAGAUUCUGGUUUUUGAUGAAGCUGACCACAUGUUGGCAGAGAGUGGCUUUAAAGACGACUCUUUGAGAAUAAUGAAGGCAAUCAACAGAAGCAAUCCAGAUUGCCAGGUGCUUCUAUUUUCGGCCACUUUUGAUGAUGCUGUGAGGGCUUUUGUAUCGAAGAUUGUUAGAGAUCUCUUCAGAGGAGAUUACAACCAAAUGUUUGUCAACAAAGAAGAACUGUCUUUGGAGUCUGUAAAGCAGUACAAAGUGAGGUGUCCUGAUGAACUUGCAAAGAUAAUGGUGAUUAAAGACAGAAUUUUAGAAUUAGCAAAUAAAGUUGGGCAAACAAUCAUCUUUGUCCGCACAAGAAAUAGUGCAAGCAUUUUGCAUAAAGCACUUACCGAGUAUGGCUAUGAGGUUACGACAAUUCAAGGCGCUCUCAAGCAAGAAGAUAGAGACAAGAUAGUGAAGGAGUUUAAAGAUGGAUUAACUCAAGUACUCAUAUCAACUGAUCUUCUUGCCCGAGGUUUUGACCAAUCACUGGUUAAUUUGGUUGUCAAUUUUGAUCUUCCGGUGAAGCAUGACUUGCCGUCAGAACCCGAUUGUGAGGUGUAUUUGCAUCGGGUUGGGAGGGCUGGACGUUUUGGCCGCAAGGGAGCUGUAUUCAAUUUGCUAUGUCAUGAUAGAGAUGAUAUGAUCAUGGCCAAGAUUGAGAAGCACUUCAACAUGGAAGUAACUCAGGUGCCGUCCUGGACAAGUGAUGAGGAUUUUGUGGCUGCUCUUAAUAAAGCUGGUUUGCUGUAAAUGCUAGCGUGAUCACCUGGGGUUAUACUUGAAAUCAUGUCUUACACUGGCAUCUAGUGUUUACGUGUGGAUACAGACAACAGUGAUGUUUUGGUGUUCCAACUGAUUAGUGUAGUCGGUACAAAAUUAUGUUGUUGCUUUUCAGUACCUUAGCAUGACAACGAGCUGAGCGCCUAGUUUGGAAUUCGUUUAUUUGGUUCUACAAAUUUGAGUUUAUUUGUGAGGGAGGUUCUUUCUACUAUUUGUUUUGGACGGCAAAGUGCGGUUUUCAAUGUCGAUAUGGAGUUCUGUAAUGAAUCUACUAUUGGAGGAAUAUUGGUUUUUUGUUUCAAAUUCUGAAUACAGAAUUACAUGCUGAAACAUUACUCUUCAUACUGUGCAUGCACUCAUACGAACGAUUUCUAUUCAAAUAUGAUUGAUGACAGAUAUUGGAGUUAUCUAAGUUGUUUUUAUAGCGAUGCAAUGUUUAACUUCUCCCGUUUGUUGAUCUAGUACGUGCUUAUGUUUUGCGGGUUGGCUCUCAUUCCCUGCCG